CGUUUAGCGUUGGAAUACCCGUCCCGCCACAUUGAUAUCUCUCUCUCACUCACUGACGGCAACCAUAGAAGAAGAACCCUACUUUUUCAUUUUCGAGGUUCCUCUCACCACCACCCCCCUCAUGUUCUAAGUCUUGCUAAUCUCUUGUCCGAAAAAAAAAGAUGGAAGAUAUGUUCAACCGUCUGCCAAACCCUCUGAUAUCGCACAUACUCUCUUUCCUACCGACAAAGGAAGCAGCUUCCACAUCGGUUCUCUCCAAAAGGUGGCGCCUUUUGUUCGCCUCCGUGACGAAUCUCGAUUUCGAAGGCGAUGAAGACAGUCCAACCUUCGUGGGUUUUGUCGACAGAGUCUUGGCUCUGGGAGGGAACGCUAAGUUAAACAGAUUCUCUCUCAACUUCUCCGAUUAUCCUGAUCCAGAUACUCUCACUUCUUGGAUACUGAACGUGCUGAGACGCGGCGUCUCGGAGCUCGAGCUGACCGUCUCUGACUAUCCUCUACCUCCUGAGAUCUUUGUCAGCAAGACGCUUUCGAAGCUGAAGUUAGAAGGGGGAGAUGGUCUCAGUGUCGGCAAUGAUGUUGGUAAGGUGUUUCUUCCAAAGCUCAAGACUCUUGAUAUGGACUGCGUUGGGUUUGAAGAAGGUGGUGCUGGGUUUGCGAAGCUUCUCUCUGGCUGUCCUGUGCUCGAGGAGUUGGUUCUGAUGAAUAUCGGGUGGGAGCACUGGAAGUCUUGCUCUGUCUCUGUCAAAACCCUCAGGAGGCUGAAGUUUUUCUGCGAGGACAACGAUGAGAAUCCCAAGAGCGUCUCGUUUGAUGCUCCGAGGCUUGAGUACUUGGAGUAUUCUGACAAUAUUGCGAAGAAGUAUCCUAAAGUGAAGUUCAGGUCCCUCGUUGAAGCUCAUGUCAGUCUUAGACUCACUGAAGAUCAGAGUGCAGAUGCAGGCUCUUCGGAUGAUGACUACUACUUGGAAAGCGAUGAUGAUGAGGAGAAGGAGAUGGUUGGUAAUGCAACGAAUUUUUUCAAGGGGAUAUGCAAUGUUAAGAUCCUCUAUCUAUCUGCCAAAACACUUGAGGUACUUGCGUUCUGUUGUGAAGCAACACCUGUGUUUAACAACCUGAUUCAGUUAACGGUUGAGAGUGAUGAAGAAGUUGGAUGGGAUUCAUUGCCGGGUCUGCUAAAGAAUUGUCCAAACCUAGAGACACUUGUUUUCAAGGGUUUUGUCCACAAAAGAACUAAAGGAUGUGGGAACAUGUGCCAUUGUAAACCUCUGAAGAAUCCUUGUUGCCUUUCAUCUUCUACUGUCAAGGUGCUAAAGAUCAUUCUGUCUGUACACAUUGAUGAUGAUGGGAUGGAGGAAGAGCAGAUAAAGCAUUUCUUGGAGAAAAUGCCACGGCUUGAACAGUUGGUAGUUUACUUCGACAUAUCAUAUGAUCCUUCUGUGUUUGAGUUAUCCAAGAAGCUUCAGAGUAUAUCUACAAUAGCUUCACCAAAGUGCAACCUUCAAGUAAUCUCGCAGAAUCUUAGCUUGUCCUCUACUUUGCCUUCUACCUUGACGAAGAAAUGGUCUGCUCCUCCAAAAGAAGAGUAUACCUGGUUUCUCAAGGCUGUGACCUAAACUCAAAGCGAUCAAGGUUUCCUUUUGCUUAUUGUCUUUUGUACGCUGCUCAGCGUCUUUGUUUACUGACUGGUUUGUUAUGCUUUUGUUGUACUUCUUUUGAAAUUGAGGAUGCUAAGUUUAUGUCUUGUGUUAAA